AUGAGGUUAAGUUUUCGUGCUCGAAACCUUUGUACUACGGUCACACUAUGUGCUGCUGUCGCAAUGUCACUUGCUGAUGCGUGGCUGCCCCCGAUCAUCACCAAAGGCAACAAGUUUUUUGAUUCCAAGACGGGUCUUGAAUUCCGUAUGAAAGGAAUGGCCUACUACCCCCGUCCCAACAAAGGUAAAUGGGCUGAAGUAGGUAACUACGACUGGGCAGCGGACAAGCAUAAGGAUGUGUGGAAGCCACAUCUUGAAAUUCUAAAGGAUUUGGGUGUAAAUACCAUCCGUCUGUAUUCGGUGGAUCCAAGUCUUCCGCACGACGAGUUCAUGUGUGCGUGUUCGGAAGCAGGCAUUUACGUCUUAGUCGGCAUCACUGCUCCAUGCAAAGACUGCUCGGUACUCGACUACUUGCCACCCAAGUGCUACCCCGACGAACUCCUCACCCGUGCACAAAUGGUGUACAACGCGUUUGCCGUGUACGAUAAUACGCUGGGCUUCAGCGUGGGUAACGAAAACAAUCUACAGGUGGAGAACGGAGCCGAUGGCACUGCGACAGCUCCUUGUGUCAAGGCUUUCCUGCGUGACACUCGAAGUUAUGCUGCGAGUUGUUCCGGGUCUGUACGUCAGGUGCCAAUUGGUCUCGACAUUGCCGACAUUCCUCCUCGCGAGAAAUGGAUCGGGUACUAUGAUUGCGCUGUGGAUGAUGACGAGUACACGCGUGCUGAAUGGAUGGGCUUCAACCCGUACGUCGAGUGCGAUCCUAAGAACGCGGAGUACUCGCAAUCAGCUGGUCUGAAGAAACUGAUGAAGGAAUACGCUCAGGUUGGCUAUUCCCGUCCGCUAAUGUUCGGCGAGUUUGGUUGCAACAAAGGUGUGAACACUAUCGAUGGCUACGAGAGUCAGCGAACGUUCAAAGAUGCAAAGUGGAUGAACGAGGAGACGGAUAUGACGAAAGAGAUCGUGGGUGGGAAUGUGUUCGAGUUCACCACGGAAGUUGCCAAUCUGGUUGAGUCCAAGACCUUGAACAAAUAUGCUGACGCUGGCAAGUACGGCGUUGGAUUCUUUCAACCGGCUAAUUGCGAUAACAUUAAUGUCGAGUGCAUUUUCACGCCGUACCCGGAGUACAAAAAUCUCAAGGAAGCAUACACAACCACCAAGAACUCGACUCUCAAACACGACAGCUACACGCCUACGCGUAAUACAAUUUUAUCGUGUCCAAAGAAGAUGUCGAUUAAGUUACCACCGACACCCAAGGUCCCGAUUCUCGAAUGCACGAGGGCGCAACCGGUGUGCAAUGGCGUGAAGGCCAACAGCUACGAGCAUCAUGCACCGGCCCCAAAGCGGAAACCGUCGAAUGACGAGGUCGGCACUAUCUCUGCCACGGAAAAGAGUAGCAAUGACGCUAGUACGACUUCUGCGGCUGCGCUUUUGUUGUCUGUGGCAGCGGUUGCUGUCACCGCCAUGUCCGUCUUCUAG